CCGAGUGCUUAUCAGAUGUUUGUUGUAUCGUCACACGUAGGUAAGGCGGAGAAUAGCCUGGCCGCCCUUACCUGCCGCCGUCCGUUCCUCGCCAGUCAGUCAGUCGCUUCGUGCAGGCCUCUCGGGGAAGGGCUAAUCUCCGGCGCCCAGUUCCAACACAUCACACAGACGCCGGAGAAACACUUCCUGCCAAUAGACCGCACCACCACCACCACCACUACUACCACCACCACCACCACUACUACCACCACCACUACCUCCACUAACACCACCACCAUGGCUGACAAUAUGUACGAGAUGGGGGAGCAGCCCGACUUCGACUUCUCUGACAAGUCCAUCAGGCGAGGCUUCAUAAGGAAGGUCUACGCCGUGCUCACCUGCCAGCUGAUCGUCACCUUCGGCAUCAUCGCAGUCUUCGUGCUGGUCCCGGAGGUCAACGACUACGCCUACCACCACAGCGAACUCUUCUGGUCCGCCUUCGGCAUCUCCAUCGCCCUCAUCCUUAUCCUCGGCUGCUGCAGCGGCUUCAGGAGAAAGACGCCCUUCAACUACAUAGCGCUGAUACUCUUCACGUUGUGCGAGGGAUACCUGCUGGGGUGCGUGGCCGCCACCUACAGCGCCUCCGAGGUGCUGGUGGCCAUCGGGAUAACCAUUGUGGUCUCUGUCGGCCUCACCAUCUUCGCCUUCCAGACCAAAUGGGACUUCACGCUCAAGGGCGGGCUGCUCUUCGUGCUGCUCCUCGUUCUCAUCACCUUCGGCAUCAUCGCGGGCAUCAUGAACGACAAGGUGGUCAACAUCGUCUACGCCAGCCUCGGGGCGCUCCUCUUCUCCUUCUACUUGGUCUUCGAUACUCAACUCAUGCUCGGAGGCAAUCACAAACUGGCCAUCUCGCCCGAGGAGUACAUCUUCGCGGCGCUCAACCUCUACCUCGAUGUCGUGAACCUCUUCCUCUACAUCCUGGCGCUGGUGGGACGGGACUAAAGUUAGGGUCGUGAACAUUUCGUCGCCCAGGUACACUCAUUUGACAAGGCUUUCGUAGGAGUUUUGGGCAUUUCCAGGGGUAGUUUUAUGACCCUGGUGGUAGUCUGACCCUUCUUUUGUACCAUGAACCUAAAGAAACACUCAUGAGAACCCGACUGAUUUCCUUUUUGGCCCUUGGAUAUAGUUGAUGUGAGAGGCGAAGAGUCUGAGAACACCAACCGUAGCCUCUUAACGUUGAUUAGUUGGUCCUUCAGGUGGAUACGCAGGUGUGAAAUUGUGGAUCUUUCUUUUCCUCUAUUGUAACGGCCGUUCACUUAGGCGGAAGGAGAAGGGAAGGGAUUUUAAUUAGUCCUCGUCCAGGUACAUAAGGUGUGAAAUAACCGAUCUUUCUUUCUUGUGUAUUGUAGCGGCCAUUCAGUAAGGUUGAAGGAGAAGGGGAGGAAUUUUAAUCAGUCCUCGUUAAGGUAUACAUAAGGUGUGAAAUAUUGGAUCUUUCUUUUGCUCUGUAUUGUAAUGGUCAUUCAGUAAGGCAUAAGGGAUUUUCAUGAACCUCUUAUAUAGUUGCUUGAUUAGUCCUCGUCCAGGUGAAUAUGCAGGUGUGAUACGGUGGAUCUUUCUUUCUUUCUUAAUCUGUAUUGGAACUAUCAUUCAGUAAGGCGAAGCGAUUAAUGAACCUCUUACAGUUGGUUAAUUAGUCCUCGUCCAGGUGCAUAAAGAGGUGUGAUAUCCCGAGUCUUUCCUCCCUACUGUCGACAUUCUGUAUCAGUCUUCAUUCCCGGCCGUGUUCUACUUUACAUGUUUCAGUAGAUGAUUCGCCGCUGCUCAAGACGAUGCUGAACCCUCGUCUUGGUGGUGUUUCUACUACGAAUAAGGGAAGUGUUAGGGAGGCUCUUUAAGGGCCAACAAGUACUACAGUCUAUUCCGCCUAUGGUGAGAUGUAUCAGAGAAGAAGCCCUCCUAUACCUAACCUCUGCCUGAAUCCAUACUUCGCCCAACCCCCAGUGAAUCAUCUCUCGACCAGUUACCAGCGCCAGAGCAACUGUGCCCUUCCUCUGUCACAUAUGGGGAGGAGCUAUUUUCCUGACGUGUUCUCAACUUAGGCUGAAUAGACUAUAUAUAGCUCUCUCUCUUUCCGGCUGUCUUUCCUUUUAGACGGCUCAAAUCAGUGGCCUUGUCGAUCGACUCUAAAUCACACACACACACACACACACACACACACACACACACACACACACACACACACACACACACACACAUGCAGCCUAAUGAGUGUUAUCUGAAGAAUCGUAACUAUUCAUUAUACGUAUAUAAUGUGUCUGUUGUAGCGAUGCGAAUGUUGUCAGUUCUUAAAUAAAAUCUGAUUGUAU